AUGGCUGUCGACACAAGCUACUUGACCACUCAGGUCAAUAAUAUCGUGGAGCAACUCCACGGGAUCUUCGAUGACAUCGGUGUCCCCGCUCAUGAGCGCGAGACUCGUGAGGCAGAUCUAUUCAAUGCUCUGUCAGAGAGCUUGAACAAUCACCUCAAGCUUGUUGAUGAGGAAAAGGAGCAAAUGACACAAGAGGCCGAACGUCUGAUCACAACCAUUCAACAAAUAGAGGUGUCUCUCGGCGACGAGAAAGCCAACGGACAGUAUGAGCUGAAUCGCGAUGAUGUUCGUAUCACCUACCCGCUCAACCGGUGUAUCGCAUUCCUGCGUGAGAAGUGCGAUGGAAUGACCAAAUUGCACCGUGAACGUUUUGAGCAGGUCAAGAAACUUGUUGAUGCGCUGGAGUCCUACUCAUCCCACCUCGAGCCCUCAUUCCUUAUCAUUGAACUGCCUCCAACCGCGCCAGGCUCAACUAUUCCCCCGAGCUUCGACCUUUCACCCGAUUAUGUUACAUCAUUGGACUCGGAAUUCAGCCGCGUUUAUGAAGAAUACCACCGUCGUAUAUCUUUCGUUCAGACGACUUCCGAAGAGAUCAUCAAGAUGUGGGCCGAGCUUGGAACCCCCCAGGUCCAGACCGAUUCCAACAUUGUCAAGUACUACCGAGACUCUCCCGAGCAACUUGGGCUGCACGAAAGUGACCUGGCCAAUCUGAAGGCUAGGCGUGAUAAGUUGAUGGACGAGAAGAAAAGCCGUGAGCGCAAGAUUAAGGAGCUCAGAACCGCAGUGGAAGACCUGUGGGAGCGCUUUGGCGUUGAGGAGUCGGACCGCAAAGCAUUCUUGUCAGCCAAUCGUGGUUGCGGCAUGCGGACUAUUAACGAAUACGAAGAGGAGUUGAAUCGUCUCAAUGAAUUAAAGAGACAAAAUAUGCAUUUGUUUGUCGAGGAUGCGCGCGUGCGUUUGCAGGACUUGUGGGAUAGUCUCUUCUUUAGUGAAGAGGAGAUGCUCGAUUUCACUCCUGCUUUCUCUGAUGUUUUCAGUGACGCUCUUUUGGAGGCCCACGAGGGCGAGAUUCAGCGCCUAGAAGCCCUUAAAGAACAACGCGCACCUGUUUUGGAAAUGAUUGAAAAGCACCGCGGCCUGCUGGCAGACCGUGAAGCCUUGUCUUCAUCCAGCCAGGAUGCGUCCCGUCUGAUGGCGCGUGGAACCACAGGCCAGAAGCGCGAUCCCGGCAAGCUACUGAGAGAGGAGAAGAUGCGAAAGCGUAUUUCAAAGGAGUUGCCCAAACUUGAGGCAGACCUUCGGAAAGAGCUUGAGCACUGGGAGGACGAGUUUGGCCGGCCUUUCCUGGUACACGGUGAACGUUAUCUUGAUAACUUGACUCCUGCCACAAAACCCCCGCCUCGCUCUAAGACACCCUCCGGUCCUCCUUCUACCAUCAAGUCUAGUGCUGUCCGCCAGCCGCCGCCAUCGCGACCUGGAAGCUCUAUGCGUGGACCCCCUCCUCCUCGCUCUGCUACCAAGACUCCAAACGGAAGCCGUCCUAUCAAGCACAACACAAUCGGAUAUGCUGGAUCCAGAUCAGGGGCCAUCUCCCCCUCCAAACUUCCUGCGCGGGCUCCCUUGAGCAAUAUGCCCCAUGGAAACAACUCCCCCGAACGUCGCACUGGCCCCGGGACCUACUCAUCUAGCACUCUCAACAGCAAGAUGCUUCCACCUCGUAAUGCGCCGCCCCGAAUGCGUGCCUUGACUGUCGAGUCCAAGGAUCGCAAUAGUCAUAUCAUGGAGCCCCCGCGCUGCAACAGUGCCAUGUCCAGUGCCUUUGUUCGACCAGUCAGUCCAGAGGAUGUAUACGAUGACCGCCAGCGUUCUUUUAUGAGCUCAUCUGUUAUGUCCAACUCGCAUCGAUCAACCGGAUUUUCACACUCUUCACAUUCCUCCCUGUCAUCUCUGUCUCUAAGCUCUUCUCAACAAGGAUACCCGCGCUUGAACCCUUAUUUGUCACAGGCACCGCCUCCUCCGGCUCUUCGUCAAACUUCCAAUUCAUCGACCGUCAAUACUGCCACCUCCGGCUCUGAGAACUGGGAAACCUUUGAGGAUGGAUCCGAGUCCGACGAUGGAUCGAGUGACCUUUACUACUCCAGGCUGCGUGCUGCACCUGGCAAGCGCUUUGCCCCAGACGAUGCCGUGGACCUGAUGGGGAAGAAGAGCAAGGGUAUCAGAAGCGUGAGCCCAGAUGGGCCCCACCCAGGCCAGGUCCUUCGUGUCGCUGGUAGUGACAGCGAGUGGACCGAAGACUUUGAGACCUACUAA